GUGGCGCGAAGGGUCAAACCUGCAGAUGUACCCCACGGAAAUGAUUUAAUCUGUUAGUUUAAAUGAAAAGUCAUUUGUUAUAUGUGAAACAUUUACACUUUCGGAAUGAGCAGCAGAAGCAGUGUGCGUCAGAUCUCCAUCACGUCUGAGGCUCAUCGAUCAUUCUUUCUCAAGGUUGAAUGGGCCGAGGAUCUCGGGUCUGGAUUUAUUGUUCUUCUGUCUGACGGCGUGUGUGCCUGGAGCGGUGAGGUCUCAGAGGAGGACGUGUCUCGAGAGGCUCGUGACAUCGAGAUGGAGAGGGCGCGGUAUGUUCAGGAUCUACACCUGGCUCUGACCGGAGAGGGACGGACGGCGGAGGGGGUGUACGCUUUUCACCUGGCACCCGUGAGACCCUCUAGCCCCCUGCUGCAGCUGUCUUAUGAGAAGGUGCAGAGCGACAUCUCGUUCAGGCUCGGUGUGGUGGAGCUGCAGGCCGUGCCGGAGCCCACUGAAGUCAUCAGGGAGCUCAUUACUCACGGCCUGGACCUCAGCAAACAUCUGCAGGCCAAAAACCAGCAGCUGCUCGAGGAGAACCACAAACUGAGACGAGAACAACAACACAUCAGCACACAGAUGGGAAGAUGCGUGGAGGAGAAAGAGCGACUAGAGAGAGAGCUGUACAGCCGCUUUGUGUUGGUUCUGAAUGAGAAGAAGUGUAAAAUCAGAGAUCUUCAGGCUCGACUCCAUGAACUUCAGCAGUCUGUGGAUGAAGAUGAAGUGAGGAAACAGGACAGAAGUGAAGAGCCGGAGGCUGAGAAGAGUUCAGGACAGGAGAGUGAUUAUGACGGCAGUACAGAAGAAGAACAGGAGGAAGAACACAGACGUCCUGAACGGAGCGCUCCUGCUAAAGAGAUGUCAGAAAACAGCCCGAUGGAUGAAAGUCUGAAUGACAUCACAGAUGUGGCUCCCUGUCGCAAACGCCGUCAUCGACAUCUUCAACAGCCGGAGUGUGAAGCUAAAAGAGCAGCGCUGCCCCACAGAUCCAGAGAGAAGCCGACAGAAGAGGCCAAAGCAGAAAGCAGCAGAACUCCAAAAGUCCAACAGAGACCGGCCGCGGCCACAGCCGUUCCUGAUCCAGAUGACCUGUUUGAGGAUUUCUGACCCUCAUCUGAGGACCAGCCUGACUUUUGGCCUGGUUUCAACUCUAUAGACAUACCUUUUUAAGAUGGUUUAUCAUAGAUAUGAAUUCGUUUUUACCAUAUGCCGCAAAAAAGAACUUCUCUGUAGAAAAGUGCUCUGUAGUUUGGGUUAAAACAAGCCAGCAUUGUUUUAAAGAGUGGAGUAACAUUUUAAAUGAAUCAUUUUUUACCUCAGCAAAUUGUGAUUAAG